ACGCUCAUGCGCCCUUCGUCCGUCGGGGAGAUUGCUCUACGGAGAGCGCGACGGGACAUACGCGGCCAAGAUGGCGGCUGCUCCCAGCGGCGGCGGUUCUUGCCCGGCCGGGAGCAGCAACGGGGCCGGCAUGGAGGUGGACGCGGCGGGUAAGCCCGGGAGGCGGCGGGCGGGGCCUGGCUGGGGCGGCGGGAAAGAGCGGCGGCGGCGCCCGCGGGGCCUCCCUCCGUCCUCACGACUCCCUCGGUCUCCGCAGCGGUGAUGGCGUCGGGCGUGACGGGGAGCGUGUCGGUGGCGCUGCACCCGCUCGUCAUCCUCAACAUCAGCGACCACUGGAUCCGGAUGCGCUCGCAGGAGGGGCGGCCCGUCCAAGGUGAGCGGGGGGGGGAGCUGCACCCGGUGGGCUUUUGCCUGCGAGCCGGGAAGCGGCGGCCUCCCGCGGGAGGGGGGCGCGCGAAUGCAUCUUCUGCAACCUCAGGCCGCCCGCCUUGCCAAGGCUUCCGGGAAGGGAGCGGAGAGAGCCCCCCCCCAUCUGGCAAAACUCGCGUCGUCCUGGAGCACAAGCCGCCCUCGCUGGGGCUGCUGGGAGGAGCCGCCCUGACUCCCCCCUCUGCCUCCCGCAGUAAUCGGAGCCCUGAUCGGCCGCCAGGAGGGGCGCAACAUCGAGGUGAUGAACUCCUUCGAGCUGCUCUCGCACACGGUGGGGGAGAACGUGGUCAUCGACAAGGAGUAUUACUAUACCAAGGAGGAACAGUGUGAGUCGGCAAUUGGGCCUGCCAGGAGGACGAGGGGGGCUGGCGGGGGCAACUCGCAGGACAGGCAUGAGCCAAAGAGGGUCUCUCAGAGCAGCCUGGCUGGUAGCAGGGGGCCGAGGGACCCACAGAGCCCAGCACUCUUUAUGCACAGUGGUAAACUAGAGGCACCGCCCCCCCAGGAGCUGGCAAUCAGGACCCCGGUGCAGCUGCACUCCUCCCCCUCCCCGGGGUGAUUCCUGGCAAAUGGUACUCAGAAGAAUUCUGCCUCCAAUAGUAAAGGUAAUACAGAUCCGUUGUCAUAUUCACAAGCAAUAGUCUUAUCCUCCAUAACUUAGUUUAAUGCCUUCUUGCAGCCAUCGUAGUUGACCAGUGUCACUAUAUGUUGUGAUAGCUGUUUUUCUUCCGCUGUCCUGCAGUUAAACAAGUCUUCAAAGAUUUGGAGUUCCUAGGCUGGUACACAACAGGUGGCCCCCCAGACCAGUCUGACAUCCAUGUCCAUAAGCAGGUGAGCCUUGCCCCCACCCCGUUUGCUGCCUGCUGGCUGUGGGAUGGGUGGGCAGAGGCCUCUGAGCAGCCCUCCGGUUUCACAUUGCCAAGGGACAGAGGCCCAGACUUCUGCCGCUCCUGAUAGCACCUUCAUUUUUUCCUCAGGUGUGUGAGAUCAUCGAGAGCCCCCUCUUCCUCAAGCUGAACCCCAUGACAAAACACACGGAUGUGAGUACCUGCUCCCUUCCAUGACUGAAACCUCAGACAGCUGUACCAAGGGACAUCUGAAUGAGCUGCUGUGCACUCUCUUUCUCUCUCUCUCUCUCAGUUGCCUGUCAGUGUCUUCGAGUCGGUGAUUGACAUCAUCAAUGGAGAGGUAAUACCCACCACUCUUGCGCCAUCUCACUCUUUUUAGAAAGGCAUGUAUUGCAAGGACUUGGGUAGAAGCGGGCCAUCUUUCCUGUAUGGGAGGAGAGAUCCCCAGUGCAGGAGUCACAGCUAAAGGAUCCCUCGUCAUCCAACCUCUGCUUAAAAAUCUCCAAGGAAGACGAGCCAGCCACCUUUGGAGGGAGCCCCGCUUGCUGCCUGUGCAGGGGGACAGGCCUAUCUGCGGCCUUAUUGUCUCUUUCCCCCUUUCUAUCAAGGCUACAAUGCUGUUUGCUGAACUGAUGUACACUCUGGCCACAGAGGAGGCCGAGCGCAUUGGGGUUGAUCAUGUGGCACGGAUGACAGCGACGGGCAGCGGCGAGAACUCCACAGGCAAGGGGGGCCAAUGGGCAGUGGGGCUGUUAGCCAGUUAGUGCUAACUUUGGGCUGGAGCUGCAAGGUCUCCCAUGAGAGAGGAUGGCGGAAGCUGUUCCGGGUCUGCUUCAUGCCUCAGGGGAGAGAGGUGUUAGGGCUAUUUUCAGGCGGCUUCCCCCUGACUCUUCCCCCUCCCCCACUUGUCACUGUAGUGGCCGAGCACCUCAUUGCCCAGCACAGUGCCAUAAAGAUGCUUCACAGCCGUGUCAAGCUCAUCUUGGAGUAUGUUAAAGCCUCGGAAGCAGGUGAGGGCUGUGGGUGAAGCAACAGUGUCCACCUUUGUCUCUGUUCCUCUUCCCUGCAGGUGAGAAGCACCUCAGCCUCCUCUCUAACCUGUUGCUUCUUUUCCCACCCUCACCAGGGGAGGUGCCCUUCAACCACGAGAUCUUGCGCGAGGCCUAUGCUCUUUGCCACUGCCUGCCUGUGCUGAGCACUGACAAGUUCAAAACAGAUUUCUAUGAUGUGAGUGUCCUGGCGAGGAAAACAUGUCUGCUUCUUGCCAAGUGUGGGAAGACAUGUCAAACUGGAGCGGGGGAGAGGAAUCCCUUGUUAAUGGGGGGUAGGGAUGGAGCAGGAAUGUUGUCAUUUGCUUCUACUUCCCCGGCUAAAGUGCUUCCCUCUGGCCUGGGGGGUUCCUGCAUCUCACAGAGACCUCCACAAAAGGAAAAUGUUGGAAAUGCACCUGCCAACUUGAGCUUUUCUGGCAUUGCAAGGGGUUAGACUAGAUGAUCCUCAGUGUCUCUUCCAAUGCUAAGGUUAUGGCAAAGCUUGCAACAGCCUGAUCUGAGGGCAGCUGGAGAAGAGCUCUGGUGCAUGGGAAGGUGGGAGGAAGAAGUGCUUCCAGGAGCUCUGCAGGACACAGGUUGUCCCCUCUGUGAUCAGCCGGCCUCCUUUUGUCUCCCUCUCAGCAAUGCAAUGACGUGGGCCUCAUGACAUACCUUGGCACCAUCACCAAGACCUGCAACACCAUGAACCAGUUUGUGAACAAGUUUAACAUUCUAUAUGACCGCCAGGGCAUUGGCCGGCGAAUGCGGGGGCUCUUCUUUUGAGAUGUUGGCUCUUUCUAAUAAAGCAGUUUUGACGGCAGACA